AUGGGGGACUUUGCCUCCCCCGCUGCCGGGCCCAACGGCAGUAUCUGCAUCAACCAGAGCGGCAUCCCCGCGGCCGGGAGCGUGGUCCCCGGGCCGGUGGGCAUACCUAAACACAGCACCGUGGUGGAGAGGCUCCGGCAGCGGAUAGAGGGUUGCCGGAGACACCAUGUCAACUGCGAGAACAGGUACCAGCAAGCCCACGCCGAGCAGCUGGAGAUAGAGAGGAGGGAGACGGUCAGUCUGUACCAGCGGACCUUGGAGCAGAGGGCCAAGAAGUCGGCGAACAGCAAGCAGCAGAGCAAGCAGCACGACCCCGACACGGCGACGUCCACCGAGCAGAGGAACAACACGCUCAUAGCGCUCCAGGAAACUGUAAAGAGAAAACUGGACAUUGCAAGAUCGCCGCUCAAUGGCGACCAAAAUGGCAUAUGUGACGGGGGAAACUACUCUCCGACCACCAAGAGACUACGGAAAGAGGUCACUGGUGGUUUGGAUUCACUAACUUGCCUCCCUGGCAACAACAACAAUGUCCCACCCAUUUCUCCACUACAUCACCAAAUGGACAUCAAGCCCUUACUUAGCGGGCCCAAUGCUUCCACAGGCAACAACACCACAAACAACAACAAUGGCAACCAUGUAACAGGUCGAGCACAGGAUGAGCUAGGCAAAAACGGCGGUAGCCAUAUACCGGACAUCAAGCUGAAUGGCUCGCUGGACCUGGAGGAUGGCUUUAGCCUCCUCAAAGACCUGAAACAAGAGCCUCUAGACGAUGGGGGCGCGAUGGAGUCCACGGACCCUCAGUCUCUGUCCAACCAGAACAAGCUGUUCUCCGACAUCAACCUCAAUGACCAGGAGUGGCAGGAGCUGAUAGAUGAACUGGCCAACACUGUGCCUGAGGACGACAUGCAUGACCUCUUCAACGAGGACUUUGAGGAUAAGAAAGAGGCAGAGUUCAGCAGGCCGGCAAACAAUCAGACACCAGGACCACAGGAGGCGGCGGGGAAUACAACAGCACCAGGAGGUGGGGCGGCACCAACAGCAGCCCUGCCUCCACCCCCUCCUCAGCCUCCACAGGGAGUCCCGCAGGUUCCCAUGGGCUCGCCACAGGUCCGACCAUCAUCCUCAGGUCCUCAGUUUGCCACCGCCGCCAAUGGAACGCCUCCCCAACAGCCUUUGCAGCAGUCUCCAGCAGUCGCCAUGGCGUCAGGCUCUCCGCUGCAUAACUGUGUGGCUCGGUCCCCGCAGACCCCCUCCCAAACGCAAGCUGCAUCCAGGCCUGGGAAUGGAUUUAUGAUGAACCCAGGCCCUGGGGUGAGUCAGGCAGGCACAGGUCCUGGUGGGGCUGGGGUGCCCACUGGAGCACAGCAGGUGGGACCAGUAACCCCUGAACUCUCCCCAGCAGAGCAGCUGAAAGCCAUGGCUGCUCAGCAACGUGCAAAGCUGAUGCAGCAGAAACAACAGCAACAAGCAGCAAACUGGUCCCCAGCUGGUGCUCCAACCAGCCCCUAUGGCUCAGCUCCCUUUAACCAAGACAAACCUAACAGCCCCAUGAUGUACCCACCGCAAGCCUUUAACGCAACACAGGGCCCCCUAGUGGCUGGUAUGACCCCUAACAAUGGGCCCAAAGCUCCUAUGAACAACUACCUCCCUCAGAACCACAACCACAUGGGCAUGAUGGCCCAGCAACAACAACAGCCAAACAGCAUGGGCCAGAAUGCCCUUUCUAAACAACAGCAACAACAACAGCAACAACAACAGACAGCGGCCAUGUUGUCCUACAACAACACUAAACCGCUCAGUCACUUUAGUGGUGCUGGAGUUGAUCACAUGGGCCAGAGGAUGACGCCACCUAUGGGAGGGGCAAACCAGGUCAAGAACCCCAUGAUGCCUCCCUAUAUGGGUGGAGGAGGAAGUGGAGGUCAGGGAGCGGGACCAGGCCAGACCCAGGGGCCAAUUCCAGGGCAGACAGCUCAUCUCAGUGAGGAGCAGAAGAGGAUGUUGCUGAUGAAGCAGAAGGUGCUUAACCAGAACAUGCCAUAUAGCACCAUGCAGCCACAUGGACAGGAACAAGGAGUGGUAGGAAUGUCUCGGCCGCCGGGUGCCGUCCCACCCCCUCACCCUGCUGGAGGUGUUGCAUCAGGGGUGGGGCCUAACCAGGGUGCAGGACCGCCUCCUGGUUACCUGGGCAACCAGCAGCAGGCUGCCAUGAUGAAACAGAUGAUGGCGAUGGAGCAGGAGAAGAGAGUGCAGCUACACAUAAUGGAGCAACAGAAACAGCAUCUCCUUCGAGAACAGAGACAGCAACAGCAGCAACUACUGGCUGAACAGCUCCAACAGCAGCAGCACCUUCCCAGGCAGAUGGGCCAGGCCCAGAGAAAUCCAUACCCCCAAGUCAAUCAGUACCAAGGUACUCCUCAGGAGCUGGCUUCUAGGAGUCAGGCUCUCCAGAACAUCCGGGCGGCUCGCCUUCUCCAACAACAACAGCAGCAGCAACAACAGAGCCAGCAGCAGCAGCAGAUGGUCCAGAUGGGUUCUGUUCAGGCCCAGGGGGGGUCAGUGGGGCCCCAGCCUGACAUGGGGCUCCCAUACGGCAGCCAAGCAUCCAACCAGGCGUCGCUGUAUGGCCUUAACCCCUCCAUGAGCCAAAUGAUACACCAGCAACAGCACCAGAGCCAAAGUGUCCAAGCCCCAAUGGGCCUCCCGCCCCAGCACAACCCAGCUGGAGGUCCCCCAAGGCAGGCAGGCACAGGCCCUGGAGCCGGGGGUAUGCAUGGAGGAGCCGGAGGUGGUGGGCCAGGAGGGUAUGGAGGACAGGGGAUGUUGAUGAACUCACUGUCCCAACAAGCUCUCAAAGGCCCAACCAACACCAAAGCCCAGGCACAGCGAUUGCAGAGUAUACUGGGAGUUGGUGGCGGAGCAGGAGGAGGCAGUGGUAUGGGAGGAGGCAGUUGGCCACAGCAACAAGGACAGAGUCUGCCGGCCAUGGGGGGAGUUGGGAGGACUACAGGAGUCGGAGGAGGAGACCUGGUAGGCUUUAACUCUACCCAGGGCUACGGGACGCAACCGGGUCAACCCCCACGUAUGGCCAAGCAACAUUUUCAAGGCCCGGCUCAGGGGAUGGGUCAGGGAAUGGACCCCAGGGUUGGCAAUCCAGCAGCGGGCAUGGGCGGCCCAAUGAUGGGCCCUCACAUGGGCGGUCAGCCGAGGACCAACCAACCCCGGCCCAUGGUAAUGAACCAGGGGAUGAACCAGGGGCUUAUGGGGCAGAGUAUGACUGGGAUGGGAGGCUUUGCUCCAGGCCCAGGGGGUCCAGGAAUAGGGGUUGGGGGUAGUGGAGGAGGAGGGCCUUAUGGUCCAGGAGGUGUUGGUGUUGGGGGUCAGCCUCAGGGCUACCAGCGGACAGCCAGUCAGGACAUGUCAUCCUAUGGGUAUGGGGGCGGGCCCUCAGGUGGAGGAGCCUUCGGAUUGGGCGAUGGUUCCGGGGCGGAACUGGACUCAACUGAUGGGUGGAUGGAGGAGUUUUUCCCUAGCCAAUAGCCAACAGAAAACUUGGAGAUCAUAGUUUUUACUAGAUGAAGUAAUCAUCAGUGGGAGAAACAUUAAAUCCUGGGAAAAUCAAACAAAAAGACAUGACAUAGACUAAGUAACUGUCAUGGUUUUGUUUUAUGAAACAUGAAAAAGGUUAUUGAUAAGUUUAUUAGUACGUUCUUGUCUUAUGGUUUUUCUGUUUGUGUGCGCACGCAUGCGUUUUUGAGACUGAAAAAUGUGGUAUCAAUGGAAAUCCCAUAUAGAGAUCAAGAGGUGUGUUUCCAUAAACUUCCUAUUCUCCAUUGUGAGAGUA